AUGUCCACUUUCUAUAAAACUGAAUUGUGCCGAAAUUGGCAGCAAAAAGGAACAUGCCCAUAUGGGACGAAAUGCCAGUUUGCACACGGUGAUAUCGAAUUACAGAAAGUAAAACCGUUUUACUAUCCGCCGCCGCCACCGCCACCUCUACCAAUGAAUAAAUUUAAUGUCAGAUAUGAAAAAUCAGCACUUUAUAAGACGGAAAUCUGUCGUAAUUGGCAAGAGACAGGGACAUGCCGAUAUGGAAGUAUAUGCCAAUUUGCACACGGCGAAAAUGAAUUACAAAGAUUCAAACCGUAUUUUAUCCAUAAAAUAAAUAAUCUCCAGGUUGAGAAAUCAGCGCUCUAUAAGACGGAAAUUUGUCGUAAUUGGAAAGAAAAGGGGACAUGCCGAUAUGGUACUAAAUGCCAGUUCGCACACGGCGAAAAUGAACUAGUUCAAACCCAUUUAGUGCAAAAUCAAGUACAAACCCUAGUUAAACAUGACAACAAUAUUCAAACGAACAUCCAGGCCAACAUGCAGACGACUAUGCAGACGACCAUGCAGCCGACCAUGCAGCCAAACAUCCAAACAAACUAA